CAAAUAAAAACGACAGAUCAGUCAUCAGUUGUAUCAGUACUGAUAUUCCACUAAUUAUGACACGCGUUGGUUUAUUAUUAAUUUUCGCCCUUGCGAUGGUCUUAAUCGCAGGGAUGAAUGCCCAGCCGAUGAGCCAACGACGAUGUCCUCGUAAUGAAAUCUGGCGUUCUUGCGGCAGUCGUUGUCCACCGACUUGCAGAAGACCAUCUCCAGUCUGCAUUGCGGCUUGUAGAGCUGGCUGUUUCUGCAGAUCUGGCUUGAUCAGGAAUAACCGCGGCGUCUGCGUUAGGAGAUGUUAAAAAAAUCCAAAAUCAUCUCCAGAUUUCUCUCCAAGGUACCUCUGAUGCUCCUCAUUACGCAAAUUCGUUAUCAUCACUUUCUAAAUACUGUCAUGACGACAAAUAAACGAUUGAUAUCUGGAUAAUCUCUUCAAAGGGAAAAGCGCCGGUUCUUUUCUUUUCCCUUUUACGCAAUGCAAUUAAAAUUAUCUGGCAGAAGGAUUUAAUUUUUCUUAGCGUAAAAAAAGGAAUUAUAUUGAAAUCAGAGUGACAGGUUGAAUGAUUUGAAGAAGCAAAUGUGGAGUUGAAUAUUUUUAUUAAAUAUUAGAAUUACACAAUA